CCAAGAUUUUAUAAAAAAUUUUAAUUUAAACUUUUGUAUAAGCGAUUUUUGUACGAAUAAAAAAUACUUGUUAAUUUAAAAUUCCAUAUUUUCAAAAUAAUCCGCCAGGGUGGUAAAAUUUAAACUGCGCAUGUGCUAAUCAAAUUAAAUAUGUAAACUGACGUUGUUAUUAUUUUAAUAACCUCAAAAAUAAAUCCGAGUUAAGUUUUUAUCACGUGCAAUGUUUAUACUUAUUUAAAUAAAAUUUUAGUGAUAAAUUACUUAAAGUAAUUAGUAAAAAUAAAAGAAAAGAAUAAAUUAAUUGUUAAGUUUUUGAAAAUAUAAAUGGCUCAAGAGGGUAAAAAAAUAUCCUUUGGUUUUUCCAAGGUGUCCAGAAAACCUGUUUUAAAUAAUAAAGUAGAAGAUAAACCUGUUGAUUAUAUUAAAUGUAUUGAUGAUAAAUCAAUUAAACUUAUCAAUGAAACAAAAGUAAUUAAUGGGCCAUUAGUGAUACCGCUGUUGCAAAAUAAAAGUUGGAGAGAUAGAAUACUGGAUAAAGUUAAUUCUUCAUCACCAUCAUCAGCGGAAGCAUCAGCGACGACAUCAACUACAGCAGCAUCAACUACAUCAGUUUCAGCUACAACUUCAUUGAAUAUAAAACAAGAACCAAAUGAUGAAGUGUCAUUAGAAAAACAAGCUGCUGAUGAAAUAAUAAAAGAACUUAGCAAAGAAAUAAAAGUUGAACAAAAAGAUGAUUUGAAAAUACCAACAGCAGAAGCUGAUAUUUUUGCUGGAGAAAAAGAAUCAAGUUUAGAAGACUAUGAGCAAAUACCAAUUGAACAAUUCGGGUUGGCUAUGCUACGUGGUAUGGGUUGGCAACCUGACAAAGGAAUCGGUAAAAAUCCUAGACUAGUUACUACAGUGGUCCCGGCUUCAAGACCUAAAGGAAUGGGUCUAGGUGCUGAUAAAGCUCUAAAGAAACCGGCAGCGACUGAUAAAAAUGGAGAAAAACUCAAGCUGGAAAAAGGUUGUUUUGUUAAAAUAAACGCGGGUAAAUUUGUGGGUCACCAUGGAGUCCUUGAAGGUUUUGAUGAAGACGCUGGACGAGUUCUUGUAAAACUGUCGCUGCAGAAUAACGUCGAGUCUUUCAAUGAAUUUAUUGUUGACAGAGUUUCUAAAGAUGACUAUGCGAAGAAUUCGAAGGUUAUUAAUAUUUCAAAGUAUGAGGAGUACAAGAAUAAGAGUGAAGAUAAGGAAAGUAAUGGCUCUAGGAGCAAGUCCAGGUCCAAUAGUGAAUUAAAUGGCUCUGGUGAUAGAGUUACAAGAGAUGAAGACAGACAUGACAAUUCGUGUGAUAAAUAUAAAAAAAGGGAUAGAGAUAGAGACAGAGAUAGUGAUAGACGUCAAGUUAAUGAUUAUGAUGAUAAAUACAAGAGGAGAGACAAAGACAGAGACAGAUCCGGUGACAGGCGCGAUCGGCAUAAGUCGAAAAAGUCGAAGCAUCAUAAAAAAUCUAGGCAUUGACUUAUUUAAUUUAAUAUACAAUUGUAAUUUAAAUGUAUGUGUAUUUUUGUAAUGUAUAUUGAUAAAUAAACUAAUGUAUUUUUAUGUCCAAGUAUUUUUAA